CAGUAGUCAGUACAGCGACUACUCAGCAAAGUUCCCGAGUUGACUACACGCAGGCAACGUUUGUCCGAGUGGUGUUCGAAGUUUCGUGAAGUCCGCAGAAAAGAUUCAAUCUAGAAUUUAUCAGGGCGUCUUUUUUUUUGUGACAGCGAUUCGCGUUAGAUUCAUAUUGAUUCUCUCCACAAAUGGCCUUAAAUCCACAGUAUGAUGCCAUUGGACAAGCGUUUGCUCAGCAGUACUAUUCUACUUUCGACGAAAGAAAUUUUGGAACCUUGAUCAACUUUUACAAUGCAGAAACUUCCCUCAUGACCUUCGAAGGAAUUCAAAUACAAGGAGCUCAUAAUAUAAUGGAGAAGUUUAAUAGCUUAACUUUCCAGAAGAUUCAGCACAUCAUCACUAAAGUUGAUUGUCAGCCUAUGUUUGAUGGAGGAAUUCUAAUCAAUGUUCUGGGACAGUUGAAAACGGAUGAUGACCCACCCCAUUCAUUUUCUCAAACAUUUGUUUUGAAACCUAUUAGUGAUACAUUUUUCUUGCAACAUGAUAUUUUCAGAUUGGGAAUUCAUAGCGCCUAAUUAUCUUUGCUUGUGUGCUGCUAAUUUUUUUUCCUGCCAUUCUUUCAGGAAUACAUGAUAUAGCCUUGCUUCA